AUGGAACACUGCCUGUUAGGGAAAAUGUUCAGGCAAAGUCUCCUAGGCCUACAUCUGUUAGUGUUAAUAUCUGUUUUUUCUGAAACAGAUGGAUAUUACGGUUACCGUACAACGGAGUGCCAUUUCAGAUCCAGGAAUCUGAUACAUGUAGACUACAUUCGCACGUAUAAUUUUAACAAAUUUGAAUAUAUGCGAUUCAACAGUACAGUUGGCGAGUUUGAGGGAUUUAAUUUAUUUGGACAGUUUUAUGCAGAUAUCUUGAACAAUGACACUGUCUACCUGCAGCAGCUGAAAGAUCUAGAAAACAGAUACUGCAGAAACAAUGCUAUAAUUUUCUUCUCAAGUCUUCUUGAGAAAUCAGUACAGCCAGAGGUCCAUGUUAGGACAGUCAAAACGGCCAGUGGCACAAAUCCUGCUGUGCUGAUGUGCAGUGCCUAUGACUUCUACCCUAAACAAAUCACAUUGACCUGGUUAAAGGAUGGUGAAGAAGUGACCUCUAAUGUAACCACCACAGAGCUGGCUAAUGGAGACUGGUACUACCAGAUCCAUUCCCAGCUGGAGUACAUCCCCAAAUCAGGAGAGAACAUCUCAUGUAUGGUUGAGCAUGCCAGCUUCAAUGAGACUAUGAUAUAUGACUUGGAGCCGGAGCCUAAGCUUGAAUCUAAGCCUGAAUUGUUGGAGACGGUUAAGUUUGCCGUUGGAGUUUCUGGAUUUGGUCUUGGGGUGAUUCUAGCAGUCACUGGAUUGAUCUACUACAAGACAACAAGGGCCACAGGAAUGGUAGAGGUCGUAACUUAA